AUGCCACACGAAGGUUGUGUUGAGGUUUCGUUAAGGCGUAAUUUGUCGAGAAGACGGUCUUUUAGGUCGGUUGGGGGUGUUGAUAGAGAUGAUAGAGGUUGGACUUUGCUCCAUAUCGGUGCUAGGAAAGGUGAUCUCAAACAGGUGAAACGUCUACUCAAUGAAGGAAUGGAUGUUAAUGUGCCUGCAUGGGGGCCAAAAUCAAAAGGCCUGACCGCUCUCCACCUUGCUGCUCAGGGUGGUCACCUUGAGGUUAUGGAUGAAUUGCUCGAGCGUGGUGCUAAUAUCGAUGCUAGAACCUUGGGUGCUUGUGGUUGGACACCACUUCACAGCGCUGCAAAGGAAAGGAAGAAAGAAGCAGUCAAAUUUCUCAUAGAGAAUGGCGCAUUCUUGCCAGAUGAUAUCAAUGAUAGCAGAUUUAACCCGCCACUCCAUUACUGCCCUGGUCUUGAAUGGGCAUACGAGGAGAUGGAGCGUCAUCGUGGAGGGAACUUAUCAUCGGGCGAAGCAUCCUACAGCUCUUAA